AUGGGAGCGGCCGUGCGGUUUGACAGAGAAUCCAAAAGCGAAGAGAUCCAAGGGUCUUUGCGUUGCUCGGAUGGCAUGUCAGAAAUAGUGAUGGCCAUGGCACCACUCGCGGAUAUAGACGAGCAGACAGGCUCAGAAGCCAACGGCGAGCGGGAUAGGGCAUCGGCGUCGGAAUGCUUCCGGCCAGAACGCAAGCAUCUGGAAUGCACCAUCAUCGAUGCCUUUCAUGAUGUGCUUGAUCUUGCUUGCCUCGUCCAGAGUCAAGUUGACGAGCUUGCAGAGGAAGAGCACAUCUUCUAUGUAGCUUGUGAAAGUCUCAUCUUUUCUCUGUACGCGGCCACGCAAGCGCUGCUCAGCACGAAGCCGACGCACAGCAGGACGGCCAAAGACCUCUUGCUACCACCACCCCCUACCGUAGAAAAUUCCGCAGUAGCAUACAUUGCCGGUUUUAUUGCAAAGGCUGUCGAGGAACGCCGGACAUGCAACGCCUGCCCAGGCCUACAUACAUCAGGACCGUCUAGAUCAACUGUGAUAGGACUCAUUAGUCAGCAGACAAGAGGUGCUUUAGUGUUCCCGAAGCCCGAGUUUGUAGCUGUCUUGGUUAACGUGAAAAAGGCCGUUGACAUCGCACUGCCACACAUUGGCAAGGAAGAUGUGUGCAAAAGGUUGACAGCUCUUAUUUCUCCCGACUUACUGAGCUGUCCUCUUUUUGGUUGCCCGGAAAGAGAAGAUCAUUCAUCGGUGACUUGCUCAAUAGUUGCCAACAAAUUCAUAAGGCCCCUAUUGUCAAAUGUUGCCACAAACAUUACAGACAGAGUGCCUUACCGUAAAAAACUAAUAAAUAAGCCGCUAAGCCGCGAAGUAUUGCGCGUUUGA